UUUAAAUUAUACAAAAGGAGGGGAAUUAUGUGUGGUUUGGUUUCCAAAUAAAGUGAGAAAAACUGGAUCUUGAUCUGAAACUAAAAAAAGGAAACAGAAAAGGUCACAUCUUCACCUCUUUUGAUAGUUCUUGAUUCAACCUCUACAAAAACUACUUGUCACCCAUAAAACUCUUAAACCAUUUUUCCCUUUGCCUUUUUCACACAAUAUUGUUAAUGGGGUUCCAGUAUUAGAAGCAUAUUAUUGUUAUAUUAUUACUAAGUUUGCGGUUUAAGGAUCUUACUAUUGCACCUUUUCUUCUAUUCUAAUCAUUGACCAAAUUUGCCUAUAAAGUUACCAACUUUUUGCUUCAUUACCAUUGGGAUCUUGCAUCCAGACUCAGAGACUCCCUUCUAUUAGUGCAUCAGAGCUGUGGUUGGUUUAAAAGAAUAUCAUCAUGUUCAAGUACUCGCCGCGUAGAAACCAACAGAGAAAUAAAGGUUUCAAGGUGAAGCAUGCUCUUCAGAUAUGUGUACUUGUCGGUGUUUGUAUCUGGCUGCUUUACCAGGUCCAGCACUCACGGAGCAAGAAAGCAUCUUUUGAACAAAGCACACGAGCCUCAGAGAAGGUACAAACUGACAAUGAUGUUAUAAGGUUUGGAAGGAAGGACCUCCUACCUCAAAAGAAGGAAGUAGAUAUUGAUGAUGAGAAGCUGAAGGAGGUGACAGAGGAAGAUGAGCUUAAGUGUUUUGAUGAUGACAUCAAAGUGGAGGAGCAUGACCAUGAUCUAGAAAAAUCAGCGGAGGAUAGUGAGCAUAAAGGGGAUUCAGUGGAUGCGGAUACAGGGAUAGAAAAAAUCCAGGAGAAAGAAGUGGGUGGAGAAAAUGUUGAAGCAGAAAGCAAAGAGAACACUGACGAUGGCAAAGGCAAGAGUAAUGAGGAAGCCACUGACACGAAUACCAAUAACAGUGAAGCUAAUGAAACCAGAGAAGAAGAUAGUGAAAAAGAUCAGGUAAAGCAAAGUGACGUUGAGGGUGAAGAAACUAAGGAUCAGGGAUUAGAAAAGGAAGUCAAGGAUGUUAAAGAGAACAAUGACAGUGAAAGUGAAGAGAAGGGAACUGAGGGAAAUGUUGAUGCGGGAACUGAUUUGAAAGAGGAGAAGGCACAAAGUGAAGAGGGUGGAAGUGAAGAAACCUCUAUAAAUAGAAGUGAAGAAGAAGUUGAAAAUGAAAGUGACAAGAAGUCGGUGGAAUUGGAAGAAAGUAAUGAAGGGAAAGUAAAAGAGAAUGACGAGAGCAAAGGAGAGAAGAAUGAGGGAGACAGCACAGAGAUUGAUGAAGCCAGCAAAGAGAAGGAAGAGAACCAAGGCAAAACUGAAGAAUCUGGCUCAUCAGAAGAUAAGGUUCAUGAUGAGAUUGAUACGACUAAUGAGGCUUCAACAGUGGAAAGUGGCAAGGAAGAGAGUUCAUUGGUCAAAGAAACUUCAGAUUCUGAAAACAUGACUGGUACAGAAGGAGAUGGUAAUGUAGCCUUGAAUAAUGAGGAGGAAUCCAAGAAGGGAGAAGAUGAGUUGCAAGAAAAGAAAAAUAAGUUGGAUUCAGAUGCUGGAGAAAAUAAGAUGCUUGAACAAAAUAGCUCUGCAGAUACAAAUUCUGUUGGAGAAGUGAAUAAUGAAAGCAACACUGAGGGCAGUUCUAAUGCUGCAGCAGGAAACAAUGAAGCCACUAGCCAGCAGACAGAAACUGACAAUUCUGCCUCUGAAACCAUUCAAAAUGAAAACAACAGUAAUGAUAACUCCAAUCAAGCAGGAACAAAUGAAGCCAAUGAACAUCAGCAAGAAAAUGAAAACUCCGCAUCUCAUACCAUACAAAAUGAGAACAACUCUAGUGAUAACUCAGAUCAUGCAGCAGGAACCAACAAAGCUAAUGAACAUCAGCAAGGAAAUGAGAACAACUCUAGUAAUGACUCCAAUCUGGCAGCAGAAACCAAUGAUGUCAAUAAGCAGCAGCAGGAACAGGAAAGUUCUGUUUCUGAUACCAAACAAAAUGAGAAGAACUCUGGUGAAGACUCCAAUCUUGCAGAAGGAACCAACGAAGCCAAUAAGCAGCAGAAGGAACAGGACAGUUCUGCUUCUGACACCAAACAAAAUGAGAAGAACUCUGGUGAAGACUCCAAUCUUGCAGAAGGAACCAACGAAGCCAAUAAGCAGCAGAAGGAACAGGACAGUUCUGCUUCUGACACCAAACAAAAUGAGAAGAACUCUGGUGAAGACUCCAAUCUUGCAGAAGGAACCAACGAAGCCAAUAAGCAGCAGAAGGAACAGGACAGUUCUGCUUCUGACACCAAACAAAAUGAGAAGAACUCUGGUGAAGACUCCAAUCUUGCAGAGGGAACCAAUGAAGCCAACAAACAGCAGCAGGAAAAUGAAAGUUCUGUUGCUCACACUACACAAAAUGAGAACAACUCCGGCGAGGACUCCAAUCAUGUAGAAGGAACCAAUGAUGCCAACAAACAGCAGCAGGAAAAUGACAGUUCUGCCUCUCAAACCACACAAAAUGAGAACAACUCAAUUAAGGAAGCUGUUUCUGUUGGAGAUGGCACACAGAACAAUCCAAAUGAGCAGCAGUCUGAGAAAAAAGAUUCAAAUUCCUCGGCAGAUGAAGAAUCAGUAACAAGUUCAAAGGGCUCUGAUACAGUUGACCAAAAUGGCAACUCUGUAACAGCUGGUGUAACUGAGAAGUCAACAGGAGGUGGGAAUGAUCAAAAUGAGGCGAACCAGAAAUCAGAUAAUAAUUCUGAUACAGGCUCUGAGAACAAAAUAAAUCCCUCAAAUGACAAUGAUGAGACAGACCCCAAAUUAACUGAUUCUUCCACCUCAAAUAGCAAACCUGAUGAUAGCCAGCAAAAGCAAGUCGAGUCGACAGAUUCUGCGAUUCCUCGAGAAGAGACAGAGGCUCGUACUGAUCUGGGAACAUUGCCACAGACAGGAAGCGAGGGGAACAGUCAUGAAGAAGCUACAGCAGAGUAACAUAGAUACGUAGUAGUAGUACUAUUUUUAUGCCAAGGUUUUAUUCACAUUCUUUCUUCUUGCUGCCUUUUCCAAAGUCUUUUAAGGCAAAUAUGAAAGUGAGAUAACUUCGGUUUGCUUGCCUGUCGAUUCCGAAGAGCCAUCAUGUGACAAAUAUAUAGUUUGAUGUUACGCAGAACUCAGUUACUUGUUCAUCUCUAUCCCAUAAACAUGUAUCUGCAUGUCUAAACAUGCAAUUUUUCGUGCAUUAUUAAUGAUAAAGGUUUUCUUCAUCUU